AUGAAAAUUCCAUACGUAGUGCCCGCAAAUACUCGGGAAGCUUACACCACCUCAGCCACCAUGAAAGCUUCCUUAGGAGAAGCUGAUAGGAAGAUUGUAGCAGAAGACUUUGAAUGGGAUGACAAUUUUACGCCAGCGCCUCUCACUUAUUUAGCCGCAAUUGCUCUCUCCAAGAUCUUUCAUAGACUCAAUCCGCUGCGUAGGAUAUUACAAAAAGAUAGAGAUAUCCUCAUGGAUUUGUAUCCUGCUACCAUACCGCUUAAGUUUACUGUACCGUGUAUCAAGGAUGAACAAUAUUGGAAAAGGUCAUUUUAUUCCAAGUUUCCAUCACGCAGUGAACUAAAUGUUAAAUAUUGGAAGGGAAAAUUUUUAUCCGCAUGCCUUCAGGAUUACUUGGAAAAUGUCAAACCUGAAAUGUUUUUAGAAGAUGAAGCUGUUGAGUUAGCUAAACUGGUAAGUCCUUACAUAUUUGAAUUGAGUCUUAACCAGAUGAAAAUGAUUCGUCAGCCUACUCCUUCUAUUCCGUUUGAUGAUGCAGUCCAGGAUACGUGUGAGUUUAGUGUUCCCAAACUAUAUGACCACAUGCCGUUUGAAUCAGUUAUAUCUCGGCUUCAUAAUUUGCAAGAAAUAUCCCUAGUCUUUGGAGUGAACAAUCUAGAAGAUAAUUAUUUGACAAGAUACUUCGAACUUUCACUAAAGGACUGUGAAUCUUUGUGCCUAGGACUCGAACAUUUGCAUCUUAGGACGUUUAGAAUAAAUAGAAGCAAUUUAGACUGUUCUAAAGUGAAGAUAAUUUUACAAAAUCUCGUCAAAAAAGAGUCAAUCGAAGAAUUGGAUUUCAACCAUUGUAAAAUUGGAGACUACGGUAUGAAAGCGUUGGGAGGAUUUAUCCAUAUGCAUAAAAAUGUAAAGAUAGUUAGAAUAGCAAAUAAUAGAUUUAAAGAGGUUGGUGUUCAAGGAAUAGCUUAUGCCUUGCAGAUGAAGCCGGCAGCUCCGAUUGAAUUGAUAGAUUUUAGCUUGAAUCCAAUGUCGCUGGAAUGCGCAACCAUAUUCGCCGCAGCGUUUGUUCGCUGCAAGGAAAAACCUCAGACGUUAAUUGUGAACUCUUGUGGAUUUUCUGGGCCUUCGGCGGAAAAGAUGGCUGGAUUAUUGUCUCUCAAUCGUGGUUUAACUAGAUUAGACAUGGCUGCCAACAAUUUAUCUGGCGAAGCGGAGAAAACUUUGAUUCGCGCCUUAGAACAAAACAGAAAGGUGCUGAGAAUCGAUUUGCGUAGAACGCAUAUUUCAGCCGAAACUCAAGCUAAGGUGGAUGAACUUUUGCUUCGGAACAAGAAAAUGGUGGGAGUAGAGACCGAGCCAAGCGACGAGAUACUGCCUCUCUACCUCAACGAACCCGAAUAUCUGAUAUGGGAGUACAACCCCAACAACCCAGAUUAUAUUCCCGGCAGAUACCCUGUGAGAGUUCCCGAAGUUUGAAACAUUAAAAGAGUAAUUCUUUAGAAAUGUCUUCAAAUGAAUGUUUUAAAAACACGGCCUUUAAAUUUUCAACAAUACCUAAAUAUUCUGAACUGUU